AUGGCAUUCAAGGUAAUGCUGAUGCUGGUCCUAUUGGGCCUUAUAUUGGUGUUGCUUUCUUUGCUAGAUUCGGCCAUUCGAUUCGUCACACUAUGGUUAUUCGGGAUCAGUAUAAUCUCUUGGAUUUUCUCGUUUGGCCCGGAAUUGAUGUCCAAUAUUGCAAUCGCAGCCGUUCAAGCAGCUCUACUCAAUUGGACACUUACCAGCUUUUUGUGUUCAAUAACACACGUCAAGGUGCAACGUAUGACACUUUCACAAGAUCCCGUCUCUUCCACCUCCAAACUAGAGUUUUCGUUUGAUGCAAUCAGCUAUAAUCAUCGAGACACCAAUGCCAACAUCAGAUCGAUGAAAAUUUCGAUAGACAUCGAUCCAAACGUAUUGCCAUGGAUCUCAAUCUCCAUCAUCGAUCCGUGUGUUACCAAGCGUGUCACUAGUGAAAUGUUUAACCGAGGAGUAAAUUCAUUCCCGGCACAUGAACCUCAAACAUCCGUACCGAAAUUGUUGGGAUUGUUUUUAAACACCAAACAUGGAGGAUUGUUGCAACUUUUCUUACGCCAUGUAAAGUUCUGCGUUACCAACGGUACUUUGGAAGUUGUGGAUAGGACAAGCAAAUUUCUGCUUUCAGUUCGCUUGCACUGCGAUGAAUUUGGACUUCGCAACCACAGAUCCAUUCACGAGGAUGCAAUAUACACUGACGAGUACAAGCAACUGUACGUGAGGAAAUUUACUACAAAGAUUUUCGUCGAACCGAAUGCAAGCGCAACAUUUCACUGCAGAUUCUUUUCACUGCACGUUGCUAAUGUUGAUCGUGUACGCGAUCAACUGUACCACAGUAGAACGAUGAACAUUCUGCUCGGUCGGCAGUAUUGGAAGUGCGACGUGUGGAUACAGUUGGUUUGCUUUUAUCUGGGCACUUAUGAACUGGACGAAAACGUACGCAAACGUGGUGAAAUAUUUUUCGCACGACAGAUUGAUAUUAAGCUGGCCAACAUGCGAAACAAAACACAGGAAACGGGAAAGCUUCAGAUCAAAGUGGAGCUGCCGAUAUGUAUGGAGUAUAAUCCUGAGUUGGCCCAUUUCAUUAUAGAUCUGUUUCGCUGCAUCGCUCAUUUCCGACCAGCUGUUGCAGACAAUCGUGACCAACUUGCAACGGUACUCGUACCGACCAGUCGGCAAACUUUUCCGGCCGCGCUAGACAUGGUGAUCUUCGUCACUUUGGGGAAGGCAUCGUGUCUGCUAUGGAACGAGCAUGGAACCUGUUUGUUGAUGAAUUGGAAGAAGCUAACGAUGAAGAAAUUGGACGGCGAUACGGAAAUCCGACUGCAUACCAUAGCCCUGCAGAUGGAUGAUUACAGCGAAUUUACCAACGCAAAGACGGGCAACGAGACGCUUACGGUGGACGAAAUCAUAAUCAAGCAUGGUGAUGAUAAUGCAUACUAUCAGGAUUUGUUUAUUAACCUGAGCAACCCAACAGCCACCUGGAACAAGGAUGUGCACAACCAUGUUAAGCAAUUGUUCGAGGAAAUGAAGACACUUACGGCGAAGCUAACCCGAUUGAGGCCACCAUCUCAGCCAGGGAAACUUGUAACGAUUUGCGUAAACCUUUACGGCACUAUACGGGUUUUCCUUCCCCUAACUGCUAUAGGGCCUACCGUGAAGAUAGAGAUCAGGAAGAUAAAAGUUACCAACGCUGGAAAGGACCACCUCUGUGUAUGGGAUGCUGUGAUAUGCGUUGGCAUUGUACACUUAAUCACACACGAAUAUCUCUGUAUUGAGUCAGAGGACCGGGAAACCAGGGGUGGCUGGAUAAUGACUACCCACAACAAAGAUCCAUUUGAAAUAAAUAAAACCUCAGUGUACAAGGUAGUAUUUAACGGCUUUGUGCCAAUAUAUAAAUGGCUACAGGAGUGGUGGUAA